AUGAUCCCAAGACGGUUGGGAAACGCUGUGCGGCUCAAGUGCGCAGUCAAGGCGCAGCCUCAAGCCCGGCUGCAGAGGCCACUUGCAGCGGCGACCCGCACUUUGCGAGUACACACAGAGGGACGCAUUUAUACAAGUAUAGCAUCACGUGCCACUGAGCAAACGCGACAAUUGCACCCACGCUCUGGAUGCUCCGGAAUCCGUGGCAAAGACACUCUCCGCGACAAUGCGAGAUGGAAACAGCCAACUAGGGACCCCAAAACUAUCCUCCUGGAGUCCGGCUUCCCAACCAAGACCGUACUUGUUCUUCUCGUGCUCGGCGGUCUAGCAUACUACUUCGUCGACAUCGUAGAAACGGACUGGACAGAUAGCGUCUAUGCGGCUUUUUCAUCUGGCGAUGAUGCCUCCGCCCUUGCGACACCACUCCAUUUCUACAACUCCCGUGAGGAGAUCCAACACGUGCUUGACUUUCACAUCCCGGACCCCAGCGCGCCGCUCAAGGACCCCAAUGUCGCCAAGUUUUUUUCGGAGCAGUUCGACAAGUUGUGUUUUGGGUGGAUGAUGACAGAAGACGAUGCGAGGAAGGGUGUUGAAGGCAUGGAAGGCGUACAAAUGCCCAUCACACACGGAUGUCGCUUCCGUAGCAACGAGCCUUGCGAAGACUAUUUCGCACUGGGGACAUCACCAGGCCCAGGGGAUAAGCUGUGGAAUUACUGGACGGUGCUAGAUGGACACGCAGGACGCCACACAGCAUUCUAUUUACAAUGGACAUUGAUCCCCAUGGUCAGCUCCGCCCUAACCAGUCUGUCACAAUUCGCCUCAAGCCCAGAAGUCGAAUCCACAAUAAAGCGUGCAUUCCUCAACAUCGACAAGACGAUCAUGGACCGAGCAAAGACUGCCGCAAACUGGUUUCCCGCCGCGAAUGGCGCCGCAAUCGCUGCUCUGACCCCAGCCUUCUCAGGUUCCUGUGCUCUCCUAGCAGCCUUUGAUCCUCAGACCUCAAGAUUACGUGUGGCAUGCACGGGCGACUCUCGCGCUGUGCUUGGCCGCUGGGACCCGACAACAGAUUCAUAUACCGCAGUUCCAUUAUCAGAAGACCAAACCGGAUUCAACGCCAAAGAGGUCGCGAGACUGAGCCAAGAACACCCGGACGAGUCCGUCAUCGACCCCAAAACAGGUCGUAUGCUCGGCAUAGCAGUGACACGGGCUUUCGGUGACCAUCGCUGGAAAUGGGACAAUGAGUUCAUCAAAGCUGUCCAACACAAGUUCUGGGGUACUGCGCCGAGACCUGGUAGUAAAAGCCCUCCAUACAUGACUGCUGAACCUGAGAUUACGGAAACAGAAGUUGUGAGACGAGAACCUGGCGACGGGAAAGGCAAGAGCGACUUUAUGAUUUUGGCUUCUGAUGGUCUUUGGGAUCGUAUCUCUUCUGAACAUGCUGUGGAAUGUGUUUCUAGGUACUUGGCCGCUCGAGAGCGAGGUCGGGGAUCCGUCAAGCAGGAUCCGGAGUUGCUGGCCAAUCCACCUGUCUUCCCUACCACAUUUUCCUCCCUCGACCCUGGUGUUACCGUCGACCCUGAACAAGGCCAAGAAGUAGAUUGGAAAGCAACGCCAGAGUACUUUGCUAUUGAGGAUGAGAACGCAGCUGUUUGUCUAGCGAGGAAUGCCAUGGGUGGAACUAGGAGGGGUUUGUUUUUGGGUAUCCUAGCGGGUCCUGAGCCAUUAAGUCGGAAUGCUGUGGAUGAUACUACAAUCAUGGUAGUUUUCUUCGAUAAGCUGGGCAAUGGCAAGGGAGAAGGAGCGGGAGCGGCGAAGAAGAAGAUGGAGAAGAAAGAGAAGAAGUGGUGGUGGCCGUUCUGA